CCAAAAGAAAUCCAGAGAAUCCAAACAACGUGUUGUAUGAGCGGCACGUGUGACUUGACUUCUUGAUGAAUUUUUAAUAUUUGGACUGGUUUACUGUCAUUGAACACGAACCAAAAUGGGGCGGAAAGCUAAGUUUGCUGAGGAGGUCGUUCAGAAAAAAGGGCCAGGACGUAAAUCUAGAAAGCAAAAAGAUCCUGAAAUUCCAAAAGUUGAAGGCAACGGGGUUACUAAGAGACUUAGUAGCAAUCAAAAGAAACGUAUGAAAAAGAGAGCAAUGAAAGUUCAGGAAGUUGUUGACAAAAAGAACGCUCAGGCUGAAAAACGGAAACUUCUUAAUCUCAAAAUUAAGGAACAACAAGCAUCCAAAAAGAUGGAGCCGAAAGACGGUGCACUGAAAGUUCUGAAAGCACCACCUAGCAAAGCACCUAAACCACUGCAGGCCAGCAAUGGCAAAGUGAAGAAACCCGUUCAGUAUCAUUCAUCGUCAGAGGAUGAAAGUGACGAGGAGACAGCUGAAAGUGACCAAGAUAGUUCAGAAGAAGAAAAUUCCAAAGGUUUCACAGAUGAUAACAGCUCUUGGCUGAAGCCGGUCUCCAAGAAGCUCCCAGCUAAAAUACUUUCAUCUAAAGAUGAGAGUGAUGAGGAGGAAGAAGAGGAGGAGGAGGAUGAUGACGAUGAUGAUGAUGAUGAUGAUGGGAGCGAUGAGCUGGAAGAAGAGGAGGGGGAUGGUGAAGAAUUAGAAGAAGAAGAGGAGGAGGAGGACGAUGAUGAUGAUAUGGGUGAGGAGGAGGAAAGUGAUGGGGGUGAGGAGGAGGAAAGUGAAGAUGAUAGUGAAGGUAAUGAAAAUAGUUCUCCAGUGUUGAAGAAAGGAAAGAAGGAAUCAGUCUCUGUGCAGAGUCUAGACAUGGAUUCUGAUGACUCAGACGAAGACAAUGAUGAUUAUGGGUCAGACUCUGAAGAGGCAGCUGAAAGUAAAGAUGAUGAAAGUGAUGAGGAUAUGCUCCCCAUUGAAAAGAAGGCCAAAAAGCUAAAGAAGAAACAAGAAAAGGAUGAUAAACUUGCAGAAGAGGAAUUGCAGCUUAAUAUUGCCAGCCAAGAUGUCUUUGCUUUUCCCACUGAGGAGGAAAUCAAGAAGCCUAAGGACUUACAAGAUGUGCAACAGCGUAUUAAGGAUGUUAUAACUGUGUUGAAUGAUUACAAACGUUUACACCAAGACGGCAGAUCCCGAUCAGAAUAUACUGAUCUCUUGAGACAAGAUCUGUGUACGUACUACAGUUACAAUGAUUUCCUGAUGGAAAAGCUGAUGCAAGUUUUUCAGCUGUCUGACCUUUUGGAGUUUCUAGAAGCUAGUGAAGUUCAGAGACCUCUCACAAUAAGAGUUAACAGUCUUAAAGCAAGAAGAAAAGAUGUGGCACAAGCUUUAAUCAACAGAGGAGUUAAUCUUGACCCCCUUGGUAAGUGGACAAAAGUUGGACUGGUUGUUUAUUCAUCUCAGGUACCUAUUGGUGCGACUCCUGAGUACUUGGCUGGCCAUUAUAUUAUUCAGGGUGCCUCUAGUAUGCUGCCUGUAAUGGCAUUGGCACCUAAAGAAAAUGAACGAAUACUUGAUAUGGCAUCAGCUCCUGGCGGAAAAGCAUCUCACAUUGCUGCUGCUAUGAAAAACACUGGAGUCUUAUUUGCAAAUGAUGCCAACAAAGAUCGCACCAAAGCUGUUGUUGGAAAUUUCCACCGCCUUGGAGUGGUUAACAGUGUUAUAACCUGCUAUGAUGGUAGAAAGAUUCCCAAUGUUAUUCAAGGAUUUGACCGUGUUCUACUAGAUGCACCAUGCACAGGUACUGGAGUUGUGUCAAAGGACCCCAGUGUGAAAACCAAUAAGGAUGAAACCGACAUCCAGAGAUGUUGCACACUUCAAAGAGAACUAUUACUUGCUGCCAUUGAUUGUUUAAAUGCUCGUUCCUCAUCUGGUGGUUAUUUAGUAUACUCAACCUGUUCUGUUCUUGUUGAAGAAAAUGAAUGGGUCAUUGACUAUGCCUUAAAAAAGAGAGCAGUUCGCCUUGUUCCCACUGGUCUUGACUUUGGAACAGAAGGGUUCACCAAAUUCAGGCACUUAAGGUUCCAUCCAUCGUUAAAUUUGACUCGCCGCUUUUAUCCUCAUACGCACAACAUGGAUGGCUUCUUUGUUGCUAAACUCCAAAAACUUAGUAAUACAAUUCCUAAGACUCUUAGUUCAGAUGGAACUGAAGGGGAGGUUUCUGUAGACAACAGUGAUGAAGAAAAUAAUGACUCUAAAAAGUCAGAAAAAUCUAAGAAGAAAGACAAAAAGAAGAAACCAGCUCAACAAGAGUCGCAAAAUGGCAAAUCACCCAACAGCUCUCCAACUAAAAAUGACAACAAAAAGGUCAAAAAAGAAAAAAAGAAAAAUGGAAAGAAUACCACUAGUUCAACUAUUAUUAAUGAACAAAGUCCAAGUUUAAGCCCUGGCGUAGAUAAACAAAAGCAAGGUGUCAGUGUUACAAAGCAAAAAACUAAAUUAAAAAAUAAGGCUAAAAAAGUUAAAUCCCCAGGUAACAAAAUGUCAAAAAGUCAAAGUCCUGGUGGUAAAAAGAAGAGAAACUCUAAUUCUGUGAGCUCUGAUGUAAGUACAGGAAAAUCUCCCAACAAGAAAUUGAGAAAAUAGGUCAAUUAGAUUGUUCAAUAUGUCUCCAGAUAAGAGCCAAACAAGUGCCUUUGCAAAUCAUUUAAUAAAUUUUGUUGUGUUCUAUUAAACAA